GUGAAAAAAACCUUUGGUCUCUUCUUGGUAAAGCUUGUCACUGCAAAGGGCCGUGUCUUGCUGGAUCAGUUGGAGACUCUGAAGAUUGCAGGGCUGCAAGAUGGAGAUUGCCUUACCGCUCUUUCAUUGCAAGCGACUCUGGCAGCCACCGAGCAGGCCUUCGCAGUUUGGGGCCUGGGAGGGGAUGGAAUCAUCACCUGGGGAAGCCCGACGGCUGGUGGUGAUAGUCCUUUCGUGACACAUCAGCUCAGGAGUGUGCAGCACGUUCAGACCACUCGUGGAGCCUUUGCGGCAACCUUAGCAGACGGAUCAGUGGUCACGUGGGGCAAUCCCACAUCUGGCGGGGACUCAUCUGCGGUCCAAGAUCGGCUCAAAAAUGUGCAGCAGAUUCAGGCCGCAAAUCUGGCCUUUGCUGCCAUUUUGGCUGACGGGUCAGUGGUCACCUGGGGCAAUCGGAUAUCUGGUGGUGACUGCUCAGCCGUGCAGGAUAGGCUCAUCAAUGUGAACCAGGUUCAAGCAGCAAACGCAGCGUUUGCUGCAAUCUUGGCAGACGGCUCUGUUGUUUCCUGGGGCAAUCCAGAAGUUGGUGGUGACAACUCUGCUGUCCAGGAUCAACUCAAGAGUGUGCAACAAGUUCAAGCCACUGAUGGAGCAUUUGCUGCCAUUUUGGCGAACGGAUCAGUCGUCACGUGGGGCAGCAGUAGAUUUGCUGGUGACAGCUCCGCAGUCCGACAUAGGCUUGUGAAUGUAACGCACGUUCAGGCUACAACUCGGGCAUUUGCAGCAAUCUUGGCAGACGGCUCAGUUGUUGCCUGGGGCGGUGCAGAAGCUGGUGGUGACAGCUCUUCAGUUGAAGAUCAGCUGAAUGAUGUGCGCCAGAUUCAAGCAACUAGUUUGGCAUUUGCUGCGAUCUUGGCAGACGGAACAGUCAUUGCUUGGGGAAAUCCAUCAGCUGGUGGUGAUUGCUCUGCAGUCCGGGAUAGGCUUACAAAUGUGCAGCAGGUUCAAGCCACCUAUUGGGCCUUUGCUGCACUCUUGGCAGAUGGAUCAGUCAUUACAUGGGGCAAUCCCCAAAAUGGUGGUGACAGCGCUUGUGUGCAGGAUAGGCUCACGAAUGUGAAGCAGAUUCACGCGACAAGAACUGCAUUUGCUGCCAUUUUGGCCGACGGAUCCGUCGUUUCGUGGGGCGAUCCGGCAGCUGGUGGAGACAGUUCAGCCGUACAGGAUCGGCUCAAACAUGUGCAGCAGAUUCAGGCCGCAAGUUUUGCCUUCACUGCGAUCUCAGAUGGAUCGGUGCUCUCCUGGGGUAGGUCUGCAGCUGGUGGUGACAGUGAUGAAGUCCAAAAGAGGAUCAUGGACCUUUGGGGCCCUGCACCAGGUUAA